AUGGGGCCCCCGGGCAAUAAGGGAUCAUGGGGCCCCUGUGUCCUUGCCCACACUAAAAGCACACCCAAAAAAGCCUAUAAAAGGUACCAGGGGCAUUUCAUGGGGCCCCCUACUGACCCCAGGCCCUCAGGCAGUGCCUGAGUGCUCGAAUGGUCAUUCCACUCCUAAUAGGUACCCAUUAUUUUCAGACACAUUUAACCAUUGUUGCAUGUAAUUGUUUUCAGUUUUUCUGUUUUUUUUUUUUAGUUUUUCCAUGAGCUUUUAGGUUUUUUUAAAUUAUUAUUAUUGUUAUUCAUUUAUUGUUAUUUUGUUUUUUUAGUAGGGUAAGGGGUUAGAGUUAAGGUUA